CCUCCUCCUCCCCACUUCCGCCAGGUUUCGUGCAGUCUCCUGCACAGCCAUCGUUCUUUAACUCCCCACUGUCUCUAUAGACUCGGUUCUCCAACCAAACGACACUCAUUUUGUGGAAAUAGGCCAUCUCGAUCAUGUACGCCUUUAGGACUCUCCUUGCUGUCUUUGCCUUCUCUCUCCUGUCGGUCUCGGCUGCUCCAGCACACCACCGUCGGAGGACUUGCAAGGCUCCCAGUGUCUCUGCUUCCGUUGCGACGAGCACGUCUGUUUCGUCUGCGGUCUCCACGAGCACUGCGGUUGCGUCGACUUCAACGCACCUCACAAGUUCGAAGGCAUCCUCGACCCACGCGUCCGGCAGCACCGUCAAGUCUUCCAGCUCCUCUCACCACUCCACCAGCAGCAGCGCGCAGCCCUCUGCUACCGCUAAUGCUGGCCCCACCAGCUUGCUUAAGAAGCUCUUCCCUGUCUCCCACAGCGCGUCCUGGACUACCUCCACCGCGUCCGAUGCCGCUCUCCCGCUUGAUGACGGCACUCUCGGUGUCGAGAAGCUUCUUUCAGAGCUCUCGCACAACUACGUGACCGCACCGGACGGCAAGAAGUCGAUGCAGGCGCACUACCCGGAGGGCUCCUACACCUAUGACCACGAUCCUCAGGGCGGUCUUUCCUUCUACGCCACCGGCCCGUCUCAGUUCGACCUCGACAACGCCAAGGAAGUCACAUUUUCGUACUCCGUGUACUUCGACGAGGGCUUCGACUGGAACAAGGGUGGCAAGCUUCCCGGUGUCUUCGGCGGCAACUCCUUCGACAUCGCUGCCUCGUGCUCCGGUGGCCGUCGUGACGACCGCUGCUUCUCGGCUCGUUUCAUGUGGCGCACCGAUGGCAAGGGAGAGAUGUACACUUACCUCCCGCCCGAUUUCUCUGCCAAUAAGGCUGUUUGCAACGUCGCGCCCGAGUCCGACUGCAACGACACCUAUGGUGCCUCCGUCGGCCGUGGCUCGUUCUACUUCAAAGCCGGGGCCCGUACCACGAUCGGCCAGCGUGUCCGUCUCAACGACGUCGGCCAGGAAAAUGGCGAGAUCGAGCUGUUCGUCGAGGGCAAGAGCAUUUGGACCGUCUCGGGCCUCGUUCUCCGCAGCUCCAGCGCGGGCAAGUUCCAGGGCAUCCAGAUGCAGACGUUCUUCGGAGGCCACGACUCCUCGUGGGCGUCGCCCAAGUCGCAGAACACGUACUUCUCCGACUUCUCGAUGGCCAUCACGGAUACAUUCUGAGCAGCUUCGCUCUCCGUGAUACGCUCCUUGGAGCCUCCCUUGGUUCAACAAUACGAUCCCUGACGUCACCAUUGGUCCCGGUCCACACUCACGUGGCACGCUUCCCUGCUUCACGCAUACACACAUCCACCUGCAUCUCCCGUUACAUACUCGAUCUCUCGUCUCUGCCAUUCCGUCUUUGCUUUUUUUCCCUUCCUGCUCCAUCGUUCGCUACUCUAUUACUAUUGUUACAUUCGCGCCCGUGCUCGACGCACCUGUUCUUCGCUCUCGAUUCUUACCACAAGUUCACAACUGGUUAUGGAUUUCGCGUAUAAGGGUCGCGAGACACGACGCGCAGCGGACGCGUCGCAGGGAGGAACGGGAUUGGGCGCCGCGAUGCGUAUCGCAUAUGUAUCGCUAGACAGAUAGAUUUCUGUGUCGCCAGUCGCUUUGACGUUGUUGUGAAUACAUAUGUCGC